AUGGCAGACGACGACGCGUGCGCGUUCCCAACGACCGGGCCAUGGACGCCCGCACAGGACGAAGCCCUCACCAAGGCCAUGGAGGUCUACAAGGACCGCAACUGGCGGGCAGUCGCGGACCUCGUGCCUGGGCGCGACGACGCGCAGUGCCUUCAGCGGUGGCAAAAAGUGCUCAAGCCCGGCCUCGUCAAGGGUCAUUGGUCGUACCAGGAAGACAAGGCCCUUCGCGACAUCGUUCUGGACCUUCCCAAUAAGAACUCGAUCCGCUGGAAGGACGUGGCACCGCGUAUCGCGGGACGCACGCCCAAGCAGUGUCGCGAGCGCUGGAUCAACCACCUCGAUCCGUCCAUCAAGCGCAGCGAGUUUACGGGCUCGGAAGACGAAGCGCUCGAGGCGUCGUUCGCGAGCUGCGGCAACCAGUGGUCCAAGAUCGCCAAGCUCUUGCCCGGCCGGACGCAAGAGCAGGUCAAGCGCCGCUUCAAGGAGCUCCACCCUGACUUUAACAACGCUGGCCAGAUCGGCCGGCCCUCGGAGAGGAAGAAAGCGCGGCUGGAUAUUGACAUCGUGUCGCUCUCGCAGACCAUGGCGGCGCUGCCGAUGGAUGUGCCACCACUAAUCAAUGGCCCGUCGCUGACCAACCUCUCGCAGCUGGUCAUGUCGGGCGAUAUUGCAGCCAUUGCCAACAUGUCGUCGUGGGCCGUGGCGUCGAACGAUGGCAGCACUGCACCGUCCUCGGACGACGAUAACGACGGCGUCGACGUCGAGGCGCUUCUGGAGAUGUCGCUGGACCUCAUGGCGCUCCGCGGCGACGCGAUCGAGCCGCAGGACGUGGCCGUGUGGAGCCAAGACGACAUGUGGGAGUACCUCCGGUCGGCACUCGACCUCCAGUGCUCGUGCGGCUGCGACAACAGCGCGUCGUCGCCCAGCGAGUUUGAUGACGCGCCGUUGGUGUUUCUCGAAGGCGGCGCGGGCAUUCAACUGCUCACCGUCUCGUCGCCCGACACGGUGCACGUCGAUGAUGACGACGACGACGACGAUUUUGAUUUGAACCAAAUGACGCACUUUGGCUAACGCAAAAGGAAUCACGAUGGUAUCCAUGGC